AUGUGGCGUUGGUGGUCAGAUGAUGGAUGGGUUUACUAUUCUUUGGAAAACUCUGCUGUCAUUGAAAAAUCUUGGAGAAAUAAAGAAGUUAACAUAAUCAUUAAUGUUGGAGGAAUACCAUUUUUACUCAAUCUCCGUCACUUUUACCAAUUCAAUUUCAUUACUCAACGUCACAGAAGGAUAAGUAGAGAUAUUUCUUCAGCUGUGUGGUUCUGGACUGAUAAUGAUGACCAAUUAAAUCUUUACCAGCCAAACGUAUCUGCUCAAAUUGAGAGAUUCUACCUGCAUAUUCAAUGGAACCUUUACAAAGAGUCCCAAAAUGAUGAAAAUAAUCACAAAAAGUGUCAGAAACCAUUCCAGGGCUCGGAAAACCUCCAACCAGCUAUCAGUAAUGAUUUGGUUAAAAGACCAAAAGCUGGGAAUUGUGUUGUUUGGAACCAAUAUGAUAUUUACCCAAUAGAAUGUAUUCAAGUGAACAGAAUUACUGGAAAAGAAAGAAAGAUUUAUAGAAGAUAUCUAAAGAAGGUAGAAUAUGAUCUUUCUGAUAAUAUAGAUUCAAAUAAUGAAAAAGACUUUAAUUUAGAAUGGGAAUUUACUGAUACUAGUAAAGCUCAGAUCCAAGAUGCACUCUCAAUUAUUGUUGAAACUGGGGAAUUUAGUUGUAAAGGCUAUUCGAAUGCAUUCACUCAACAAGAAAUUGAUUUUUCUGUGUCCAAGUUACUAGAAGAAGUUCAAGUAGACGAUGAUUGCUGUUUAUGUCUGGAUGCUCUGAAUAGGGAUUUAGUUAAGCUGAAGAAAUGUUCGCAUGUUUUCCAUUCAGAAUGCCUAAAUGAUAUGAUAAGUCAUUUGAAUAACAAGACAACUUUGUUAUGCCCAUUAUGUAUGACUCCACAAUGUUUUGGAAAAGGAAAUUCUCCACCUGGAAAGAUGAGAUAUAUUGUUUAUAAAUCCGGGAAUAUUGAAAUAGAAAGUUAUCCAAAUACAAAUGUAAUUGAAAUUGAAUACUUUAUUCCAAGUGGCAUUCAAAAUAAAAGGCAUCCAAGUCCAAAUAAGCCUUUUACAGGAACUUAUAAGAUUGCAUAUUUACCAUUUAAUAAAAAAGGAUUAAUUAUGCUUGAUGGACUUGCCAAAGCUUUCCAGCUUGGACAUACAUUUAAAGUAAAUAAUGUCACUAAUCCUUCAACAGGAGCAUCAAUGGAAAUUGUUCAAUGGGGUAAUAUCCCACACAAAAUUUCUACUUGUGGAGGACCAGCUUUACAUGGAUUUCCUGACCCAAACUUUUUCAAUACACUAAUUUCUAAGUUAUCUAGUUUGGGUAUUCAAUGCAAAACCAAGGAAAUUGAAUUUUCAAGUGAUAAUGAGGAAUAG